AGUCGUACAAAAUGUCAUAACACCUCCUACCUACCUAUCCAAACCAUUACAAAUAAAAAACAAUCCGACAACUUAAGCAUAUUUCAAGUCACCUAGUAAUGUCAGAAUCGACCACGUAAUUAUGUUAGCUAUUGCAAUAAAAAAAUAAAAUGUUUGUGAAUAUAUUAUCGUAUUUGGGCAUGAGCGUUCAGUCGGAGGUGUGUCUGUGGACGCUCUUGGGGCUGGUACGCACGAUCUUCGACGCAACGCUCUUUAAAGUCAACGCUAAUCUAAAACAGGUGUGGCAGAUGACGAUGCCGCCGGAGCUGUCGCUGCCGCUACAGCGGGUGCUGCGCACCGUCAUCUCAGGCGUCAUGCUCGUCCAGUGCUUCACGGUCUACGUCUACCUCGCGUCCUACAUCGUUCUGCUUUACCCUGUCUUCUUGGAAGAACGUCCCACGUUAGUGCUGCCAUGGCUCCUAUUAGCUGCUAUAAGAAAACUUUUAUGUGAAUUGACGAGCUUGGCACUUGGUCUCGGAACAUGCGUGUUGCUGGGAGCCGCCAGACCACCAUGCAUAAGAUUCGUCAUUUUAAAAGCCAUAUCGAUAAUGCCAGCCUUUUAUAUGUGGAUGCUUGUGUAUAGCUAUUAUGAUUUGCUAAAGGCUAAUUCAGUAUAUAAAAACUAUGCACUGUCGCAAUUAGAAGAUAAUGAUUAUGGACUUGAGCUUGCUAUUCGUAGGCGGCGAACGAAAUCUUUACUGAGAGAAGAUCAAUUACGAAAGUUAGUUAGUCCUUUUAACCAUGAAUCUUCAAGUAAAGAAUCAAUUCGCCCAAAACUUCAUAUCCAACCAGAUGAGAAUACUGAAGAUGCAUCUAUUCCAAGUAUAGAAAACGUCAAAGGUGAUUAUGACCCCACAAUACAUCACCUAUCUACAGUUUCUCAUCGUAACAUAUCUGACAUAGGCUGUUAUGAAGACUGGUUCGGAAGUGAAGUCAGGGUUCCUCGUGAUACCGAUCGAAUUCUUGAACAGUUUGGAGUAAUGAUGCUAAGAAUAGGCGCGUACUUGAAUAAAUUCUCUGUUGAUGCCCUUAAUACACUCCCGGAGUCGCAAUCUUUUAUUAUGCCUUUUAAGCGAGAGGAUAUGGAAUGCACUACAAUACCUUCUGAUGUACGCGACACUCCAACUGAGGUUGGGAAUAGCAAAGUUAAUACUUCAUCCUACCUUCAGGAAUAUCCACAAAUUUUCAAUAAAAAACAUUCAGAGAUACGACUACGCCUUCGAUCUGACGAUAAAAUUCAAAGAACCGCCCCCCUUUUAGAUCAAGAAGAAAAGGAUGAUAUAAUUCUGAAAUGUAGCUCUUCAGCCAUAACUGAUGAUAGUACUUCACUUAAAAGUAGAACAUUGACUGUCAAACUUAAAUCUAAUAGCAGAGGGUCUAUAUAUUCACAAAAGAAAAUAAAACAUGAAAAAUCAAAAAAUAUUCAAGAAAAUAGUAAAAGUAGUGGCCCAAUUAUUGAAAAUUCUAAUAAUUUGCAAUUAACUUUAAGUAGGGAUCGUCUGCUUUCAAAUAGUCAAUCUUCGGAAGAAGAUAAAAAAAAAUCUCAUGCAGACCAAUCAUCUCAAACAUCUGUAGAUGCUGCAGGAAAUAAAGCAACUUCAACUAAGUCACUCCGAAGUAAAAAUAAAAACGACAAGAAAUCUUAGAACACAGUCAUAUUGUAAACUUAAAAUAUAAUUAGAUUUCACAUGAUAAAUAAACAUUACAAAAUCAA